GCAUGACAAUGAAUGAGAUCCGAUCCAAGGGUAUUUGGAUUCUGAGAUGUAGCAGCGAAGUAUCUUCAAUCAUCUACAAAUGUGUAAAAUGCAGGAAGUAUCGUAAAGGUACCCAAGAACCAGUUAUGGCUAAUCUACCGCCUGAAAGGUUAGAGACUACUCCUCCAUUUACGUAUAGUGGCAUGGACUGUUUUGGACCAUUCUAUGUGAAGGAUGGAAGAAGAGAAUUGAAAAGAUACGGCCUUCUGUUCACUUGCAUGUGUUCCAGAGCAGUUCAUAUUGAAGUGCUUGAUGACCUAAGCUCUGAUGCAUUCCUGAAUGCUUUGCGCUGCCUCAUUUCCAUCCGUGGAAACGUAAGUCAACUUCGUAGUGAUCAAGGCACUAACUUUGUUGGUGCGAAGAAAGAGUUCACGGAACUCAUAAAAGGAUUCACCCAAGAACGCAUGAAGGAUCUGAACUGUCGUUUCAUCUUCAAUCCACCCUCAUCCAGUCAUAUGGGUGGAGUCUGGGAGCGACAGAUCCGAACAGUGCGGAGUGUCUUGACAGCCAUCUUGGAUCAGUCUGCCAGAACCUUGGACAGCUCCUCAUUGAGAACUUUCAUGUAUGAAGCUAUGGCAAUAGUAAAUAGUCGCCCUCUGACUUCUGAAUUCUUAAAUGAUCCAUUGGCACCAGAGCCGUUAACGCCAAAUCAUAUAUUAACAAUGAAGUCUGAGAUUAUUGCAGCUCCACCAGGAGAGUUCUCUAGGGAAGAUCUCUAUUUGAAGAAGAGAUGGAAGAGAGUCCAAUUUCUAGCCAAUGAGUUCUGGGCGAGAUGGAAAAGGGAGUAUCUUUUGAAUCUGCAACAAAGGAGUAAGUGGAGUAAGAACCGUCGAGAGACAAAGGUCAAUGAUGUUGUUUUACUUCAAGAUGACAUGACACCACGAAACUCUUGGAAGCUUGCCAAAGUUGUGGAAGUCUUCCCGGGAUCUGAUGGGCGGAUUAGGAAGGUCAAACUUUUAGUCAGUGAUGCAACAUUAGAUGGAAAAGGUGCACGCACUACUAAGCCAGUGUAUUUAGAAAGACCUGUACACAAAACAAUAUUAUUACUUGAGUCUGAUUAAGGUGUGAGGUUCUAAAUCAUAGAUUAUGUUGAUUCAUUGUAUAUAUUUGAGGUUCAUGUGAAAGAUUGUGUGUGUGAUUUAACUUACCUUUGGGUUUUCAGAAUCACAUUUAUGUGAUGGUGGGAGUGUGGCUGCAGCUACAGAAGUUUAAUGGUUUCCACCUAGUCUUGCAUAUUUUGCACAAUUUAAAGUAAUAAUUUCUGAUUUAUAUAUUUUGUUGAUGAUGAUUUGUAUUGGAUGGACUCAAUUUCCCAUGAUGCAUCUGUCACACAUUGGAAUGUAUUGGCUGGACUCAAUCUCCCAUGAUGCAUCUGUGUCACUUCCUGUUUGGUGAAUCUAAUGAAUUAGCUGGUGAGGCUACAGAGGAAAGCUACCUGUUUGAGAUGCUGCAUGCUUCAUUGUGUCUCAUGUGUACAAAGGUUCAUAUUGUUUAUGGUCAACUCAACAACGAAUUGUGACAUCCUCUCUUGGUUUACAAGCCGGUAAAGUGUUCUACGUUGUUUAUGUUUCCUUGUUGGAGAAAUAAAACAUCAGUUUGGAGAACCUGGCCUUGGAUUUGUGACUAAGAGCGGUACACA